CACUUUAGGAUACCUGUGGUAGUAGUGCCAGUCCUUUUAAUUGUAAUUCCAACUCUCUUGUUUCGCUGUUUGUUGUGUUUUUGCGAUUAUGGCAUGGCUGUACAUAGCGUUAUCGCCCUUCGUAGCCGUCUUUAUCUACCCCGUUAUCGUCUUAUUGGCGAUGUACUCUGCAGCUCUGUUCGUUAAUGUCUAUCUUCAUCGUCGACGUCAGUUAUACGAUGCGUACUCGGAGAAUUUUUGGUUUGGCGCAACGCAGACUGUUGCCGCUGUUGUCGAUGCGCACGGAGAGUUUUGGCACGGUUAUGAAAUGUUGGGCAUAGAGAAACUACCGGAUGCGGGUGCAGCACUUCUUAUCUAUUACCACGGCGCCAUCCCAAUAGAUAUGUACUACAUCAUGGCGAGGCUGAUUCUACAGAAGAAACGCCGGCUGAGAAACGUCGCCGCUACGUUUCUGUUCUACGUCCCCGGAAUCCAGUUAUUAUUGGAGGUGUUUGGUGUGGUGGAAGGGAGGACAAGAGAGCAGUGCCAUGAGAUUUUAAUGAACGGCGAUCUCCUAGCCAUAUCCCCUGGGGGAGUAAGAGAGGCUUUGUUUUCAGAUGAGUAUUAUGGCAUGAUAUGGAAUUCACGCAAGGGCUUCGCGAAAGUUGCACUCGCAGCUAAAGUUCCAGUUUAUCCAGUCUUCACACAAAACGUCAGAGAGUGCAUACGAACCGUGAAGACCGGACGGGGAUUUCUUCGCAAGCUGUAUGAAUGGACGAAGUUGCCCCUGGUGCCGUUAUACGGAGGAUUUCCUGUUAAAAUGAGAACAAUUAUUGGAGAUCCUAUACCAUAUGAUCCUACUUUAACCUGUGACGAGCUUACAGAAACGGUUCAGCAGGAAAUCGAGAAAUUGAUUUAUCGAUACCAAAGGAUACCAGGAAGCAUUCUAGCAGCCUUUGCAGAUCGAUGGUCAAACACGCCAUGGGAGAGACCCAUUAACAACAAUCAUAAAAAGACCAACUGAAGUAUUAAAGGGGCAGUUUCAUUUCUUCCUGUUUUCCUUGAAGUGGGCCUUCAGCCGGCAAGGCUUGGUCAUCAAGUUGCAGUCCGGAAUUGUUCUCAGGAAGGACAUCUUAUGGUACUGUGUCCGGGAAAAGGGAAUUUCGAUGCUCAUGUUGUUAAAGUGGCGCGAGGGUCUUGUUAUGGUUUCCAUGGUAACAGUCUUACCCAGGUCCACCAUACCAGAAUGGAUCUUGUAAAACAGGCUAAGCCUUAGAUAUUUCCUCCUCACCUCAGACAUUGAUCCAAGUUCACCCAGCAUCUCUGUUUAACUACAGGUGUUAUGAUAUCUGUUUAGUGUAAAGCGUGCGGCUCUACGUUGGACCAUUUCUAUCUGAUUGAUGUUUUUCUGUGUUCACGGGUCCCAAACAGGGCAUGCAAAUUCUAAGGUGGGGUACACAAGCGUAUUGUAUGCUGUGGUUGCUAGUGUAGGGUCAGCCACACAUAGAUUUCUUCUGAGGAAACCUAGAGUUUUGUUAGCUUUGUGAGUGAUGUUGUUCACUUGUUCGUUCCAAGAUAGAUCAUGCAAUAUAGCAAUGCCAAGAUAGGUUGCUAUGUUUGUUGAUUCCAACACUUUGUCAUGAAGCAUAUAGUCAAACUGUAGGGCUGAUCACUUUCUUGUUAUAUGGAGAAUCUUGCAUUUCUCAGAAUGGAAUUUCAAUUGGCCAGCUUAUCAAGAUCUUGUUGUAGUGCUUUGCAGUCAUUCACUGAGUAAAUAGUGUUGUCUGCAAAUAACCCCACGUCUGCUGUAAGCAACUCUGGCAGAUCGUUGAUGAAGAAGAGAAAGAGGCAAGGACCUAGUACAGAUCCUAGUGGGACCCCAGAAAGGACAUCUACACUUUCAGAAAUCUCUCCGUCCAGGACUACCCUUUGAGAUCUUCCAGUAAGGAAAGCCUGUAUCCAACUACUGUAUUAGUAAGGCCACUUAUUCCGUAAUGAUGUAAUUUGUGGACAAGGAGAUGACUGACUUUGUCAAACGCCUUGCUAAAGUCCAUCAGGAGCAUGUCUAUUUGAUAGCCAUCAUGCAUGGUAUUUACGAGAUUGUUGACAAAGCCCAGUAGCUGAGUUUUGCAUAAUCUCCUUGUUCGAAAACCAUGCUGCAAGGGUAAAGUAUGUUAUGAUAACUUGCAUUUCUCAUUAAAGAGCUUGUGAUAAUAUGCUCCAGUAGUUUACAGCCUAUACAAAUAAGGGAUAUGGGUCUGUAAUUUGCUUAAUCACUCCUUGUUCCCUUCUUGAAGAGUGGGACUACAUUUGCCUCACCCUAUCUUUGAUUUAUCAAAAUUGUGAAAAUGUACAAAUGGAUCCACAUAGAAGCACUUUUUGAAAUCUUUUAUAAAUUGGGAAGGUUAGUAAUCAUCUAACACUUUAAAAAAAAAUUCAAUGAUGUCAUGCAUCAUUGUCACCAAUAGUUAAAGAGACCGAAGCAACUUUCUUUUUAUACUGUGGUAUUUUUUUUUAAAAAAACAUUCUUCCACAAGUUAUUGGUAUUUAUAACUUAUAGACACUAGUGUCAUAGCCAAUCAGAGCACGCAUUUUGUAAAAUAUCACAAAAAGAAUUUUAAUAAAAAAAGUCACCAUUUUACAUCCAUAAAAUGUUUCUAUUUGGAAAUAAGAAUGAGGUGUUUAGCUGUGCUAGGAUUCAAAAUGUAAAUAUUUAUAAUUGUUUCCUCAAAUACUAUGUAGUAUUCUUUAACCAAUUUUACAUAAGCACAUCUGAAUAAAGAUAAGAACAUAAA